UCUCUGAUCACUUCAAAAGCCAAACCUCCAAACCCAGUGCUUCAGUUUCAUCAUUUUUGUUUCUUCUUUCCUCUGUCAACCACAACACUUUUUCUACUCUUUUUGAAGAAAUGGAAGAUGAGGAGAAAGUUGUUACAACCCAAAAUGGUGAUGAUCAAGGAAGCAAUAAAGAAGAAGAUGCAGCCUCAAGACUAUUCCCUUGUCUCUUUUGUUCAAGGAAGUUUUACAGCUCUCAAGCCUUGGGAGGCCACCAAAACGCUCACAAGAAAGAAAGAACUGCUGCAAGAAAAGCAAAACGUGCCUCUGAUCACUAUGCGUCAGUCAAUUUUCCAUCACAUAUUGCACCACCACCAAUGGUUUUUGCUCCAAAUCAUCACUUGGGCCUCUUGCACCCUUCAGUGUUCAUGACUUCUCAUGCUUCCAACCUCAGAUACUUACCUAAUCACCAAUAUUCAGACCGUUUCGGAUCAAAUGGUGCGCCCAAGUUUGGGAAUCUGAUGUACUAUAGUGGGAAUACAUGUUCAAGCAAUGUUAACAAUGGUUACAAUAGUCACUGUGAGGAAGAUGAGAAGAGCUUCUUGAAUUGGCAGAGGAACACAAGAUGCAACGGUUUCGGUGGAGGGUCUUCUCAACAUUCAUCAAUGAUAACUGACAAUCACAGUAGUCUUGGGAGUACUAAUGAUCAUAAGGGUCAUGAAGAGCAUAAACUUGAUCUUUCUCUCCAUUUGUAG